CACACACCCACUCACCCUCCCACACACACACACACACACACACACCUACACACACAUGUGAGUCCAGAGGACGGCUGGAGAUCCGUGUGGGCCACAUGGAGAAAUCAAAAAACUUUCGCAUCGACGCCAUUCUGGCUGUGGAGCCUCCAAAAGCUCAGACUUCACCCCUGGCUCUGGUCACCUCACUGUCCAGUUCAUCCUCCUCUUCAUCCUCGUCAUCAUCCUCGGGAAGAAGAAGCAGCGUCCUGGGUUCAGACCUCCUGAGCUCUCCUUCAGCCAUGGUGGGACUCCAUCCUCCGAGCAGCGCUCUCUACCACCCGCACAUGUUCUCCUACCCUCUGGGACAGCCGCCUGUGCUCUCUUACCCCUACCCUCCUCUUCCUCAUCAUGAUGAGCCCCUCAAGCUGCCCCCUGGUUCCCUGCAGCUCGAUCACUGGCUGAGGAUCUCCACCGCCGGGCUCGCGCUCCCCAAACUCCAGACUGACUUCAACCCUCAGGCUCAUCAGUCCACACUGCUGGGGAAAUGUCGGAGGCCGCGCACCGCCUUCACCAGUCAGCAGCUGCUGGAGCUGGAGCAUCAGUUUAAACUCAAUAAAUAUCUAUCCAGACCCAAACGCUUCGAGGUGGCCACGAGCCUCAUGCUCACCGAGACCCAGGUAAAAAUCUGGUUUCAGAACAGACGCAUGAAGUGGAAGCGCAGCAAAAAAGCGAAAGAACAAGAAGCAGCUCAGGAAGCUGCCGAGAAACACAAAGGAACCAAAGAGAAGGAGAAAAGCGAGCAGGCCGAUUCAGCUAAAGGCAGCAGCAGACUGAGAGACUUCAGAGACAGUGAUGAUGAUGAUGAUGAAGCGGACUCGUACAUGUGCAAUUCCUCUGAGUGCUCCUCGGAGGACGAGAGAACCCACAUGAGCCCUCAACCCUGAGACCCCGAGCCUUUCCGUAUCCAUCACUGAACGCUCCCUUAGGGGAAAACCUGCAUGUGUGUUUUCCCAUUCCGCAGUGGCCUGUCCUGCUUUCCGGGAUCUGAUGGUAUAAAUACACCCUCAAGGAGACUAAGACGUGGACUGAAUCCUAACUCGCCCCUGCUUUGGACAUCUAGUGCACUACAUAGGGUGUAGAAGCCAUUACUCUAUGUCAUUCUAUUUUUAUCCUAUUAGGUGUACGCUUAUAGGUUCUACCUUGAGUGAAAUACUGUUAAAAAUGGAAGUGUCCAGAAAGGCUCUUUAAAGCGACGCUAUAGAAGAACCACUGCUUUUAUUCCUGAAGAACCUUUUGAUUGAUGGAGAUUUAACCACCAUUAUGUGGAAGGACCUUUGUGAUGGAAAAAGCUAAUUAAGUUUAUUGUGGAAAGAAUAAAAAUGGCUGAAGAAUCAUCAAGGAAAAGGGUUUUAGAGAACCAAAAAUGGCUCUUAAGAAAAACCUUCUAUUGUAUUGCUCUGUAAAAAAUAUUUAAUAGCAAGGGGGUAGGGCACAGAGUCCACAAUUUCAUACCCUACCUAGGGCACUGAUUCUCCAAUGACUCUGUAUUGGACAUCUAGUGCUCUAGAUAGGGUGUAGAAGCCAUCACUCCGUGUAGCUUACUUAUAUAAGUGGCUAGGAGCAAUUUUUUAUCCUAUUAGGUGUACUCAUAAAGGUUCUACCUUGGAUUUAAAGGGAAACACAUAAACCUUUCUUAAAAAUUAAGGCGUCUGAAAAGGUUCUUUAUGAAAUGAUACCAUGGAAGAACAUUUUUUGGUUUCUGAAGAUCCCUUUUAGAAAGGAUCUUUGUGGUGUGAAAUGUUUAUUAUAUGUAUUAUGCAUUAUACAAUAUAAAUGGCUGAAGAAUCAUCAUGCAAAAUGUUCUUUAGGGAACCAAAAAUGGCUCUUAAGGAAACUUCUAUCGCAAAAACCUUUUCACGUUUAUCACGCUUAAGAGUGUAGGGCACUGAGACAAUGAUUUCCUACCCUAAAUAACGCACAGAUUCUCCGGAAGCCAUCAUUUCAUUCGUACUAAUUAGGCAGCAGGGAUUAAUUUGACAUUUAUAGCUAGUUGUUUUAGGCUAAAUCCAAAAUAUCUCCUAUAUUAAACCUAUAGUGCACUACAUACAAGAUUUUAUUUCACAUCUUAUGCAGUGCACUUAAGACAGCAGGCAUCUGGGAUACAACCAAUAUGAAAUCAAUUAACCUUUUAAUAGAUUUGACAAACAGUCUCAACAUAGUAGAGACUGCGGGAAUGGUUACAAAGCAUGUCAUUUUUUUUAAAGCCUCAAACGAGGUAACAGAAAUUCAUACAAAUCAUUGUUUUAUCUGUAUUCCUAUUUUAUCACUAGACCCUAAUCUUUCUAAAACAUCUGUGUUGUGCUUAAAAAAUGUCAAUAUCCAUGUCAAAGUGUUUAUGUGUGGAAAUGUGUUUAUUUUUCUAUAUUGUAUUUAUAAAAAAAAUGGCUUUACAAUUGCAUGUAGGCUAAAUAAAUGCAAAUAAAUUGUUCUUUUUUUUAAACGUUUUGUUUAAAUAUGCAUUAUACUGUCCAAAUUGGUUGAAAUGAAGCUCUCAAAAACUUUAUAACAAAAAGCAUGUAGAACAUGAAAUCUUCUAUCAAUGAGGUCUUGUGUUGUUCAGCAGACAUGGCCUAGACUGGUGCUAUAAGGAGUGUGUGUUGUGUGUGACCUGGCCGGGUCAUGGGAAUCGCUGUAUAUAGAGCUCACGAAUCCGUGCAAAUGUGUGGCUGAAACAUUUCACACCACUGCAGCAAUGCAGGGGCAAUAAUAAAACCUCUGAACGGCUCCUCAUCCGUCAGCACACUGCGCAGUUCAGAGCAUAAAGCAUCGGCUAUUUAUAACGUCAAUACGAAAUAUGAAAAUCCUUACAGAGAGAUGAAUCAACACCAAGAGUUUAGAACAACUGCACACAGAUUUUUACACUGGGAAUUUCUUUUCUGAUCUGCUGAA